GGGGGCAGCUGUAAUGGCGGCGCUGUGAGUCUGACCCGAGUCUCGGCUUCUCUCUCCGCACCGCCGCGCUUCAUCAUACAGAGCAGAGCUUCGGGGUUUCUGUUUAAUCCGCAACCUGCAGACGGAACCACAGGGGAAACCACAAGGGGACACGAACACAGGCUGAGAUUCUCUGUUAAAUGAGCAGCGGCCGGAAUAACCGAGUGAUGAUGGAAGGAGUGGGCGCUCGAGUGAUCCGCGGGCCGGACUGGAAGUGGGGGAAGCAGGACGGAGGCGAGGGCCAUGUCGGCACCGUCAGGAGCUUCGAGAGCCCCGAGGAGGUGGUGGUGGUCUGGGACAACGGCACCGCGGCCAACUACCGCUGCUCCGGGGCCUACGACGUGCGGGUACUGGACAGCGCGCCCACAGGUAUCAAGCAUGACGGCACCAUGUGCGACACCUGCAGGCAGCAGCCCAUCAUCGGCAUCCGCUGGAAAUGCGCUGAGUGCACAAACUACGACCUCUGCACCACCUGUUACCACGGAGACAAACAUCAUCUCAGGCACAGGUUCUACCGCAUCACCACGCCGGGCAGCGAGAGGGUCCUUUUGGAAUCUCGGCGCAAGUCAAAGAAGAUCACGGCGCGAGGAAUCUUCACCGGCGGCCGCGUAGUGCGUGGAGUCGACUGGCAGUGGGAGGACCAGGACGGAGGGAACGGCAGGAGGGGAAAGGUGACAGAGAUCCAGGACUGGAGCGCAGCGAGUCCACACAGUGCCGCCUACGUCCUCUGGGACAACGGGGCCAAGAACCUUUAUCGAGUCGGCUUCGAGGGCAUGUCGGACCUGAAGUGUGUGCAGGAUGCCAAAGGAGGAACUUUCUACAGAGACCACUGUCCUGUUUUGGGUGAGCAGAACGGGAACAGGAACCCCGGCGGCCUGCAGAUCGGAGACCUGGUGAACAUCGACCUGGACCUGGAGAUCGUCCAGUCUCUGCAGCACGGCCACGGAGGCUGGACGGACGGCAUGUUCGAGACGCUCACCACCACGGGGACGGUGUGCGGCAUCGACGAGGACCAUGACAUCGUCGUCCAGUAUCCCAGCGGCAACAGGUGGACGUUCAACCCGGCCGUCCUGACCAAAGCUAACGUGGCGCGCAGCGGCGAGGUCCCGGCCGGCGCCGAAGGAGGAAGCUCCCAGUUCAUGGUGGGCGACCUGGUGCAGAUCUGUUACGACAUCGACCGCAUCAAGCUGCUGCAGAGGGGACACGGGGAGUGGGCAGAGGCCAUGCUGCCGACUCUGGGGAAGAUGGGCCGAGUGCAGCAGAUCUACUCUGACAGCGACCUGAAAGUGGAGGUGUGUGGAACAUCCUGGACCUACAACCCGGCCGCCGUCACUAAAGUGGCUUCUGCUGGUUCUGCCAUUACUAAUGCUUCUGGAGAGCGUCUGUCUCAGCUGCUGAAGAAGCUGUUUGAGACUCAGGAGUCGGGCGACAUCAACGAGGAGCUGGUGAAGGCCGCGGCUAACGGAGACCUAGCCAAAGUCGAGGACAUCCUCAAGAGACCCGACGUGGACGUGAACGGGCAGUGCGCGGGACACACAGCCAUGCAGGCGGCGAGUCAGAACGGCCACGUGGACGUCCUCAAGCUGCUGCUGAAACACAACGUGGACCUGGAGGCCGAGGAUAAGGACGGAGACAGGGCCGUGCAUCACGCCGCGUUCGGCGACGAGGGCUCGGUCAUCGAGGUCCUGCACCGGGGCGGAGCCGACCUCAACGCCAGGAACAAGCGCAGACAAACGCCGCUACACAUCGCCGUCAACAAGGGGCACCUGCAGGUGGUGAAGACGCUCCUGGAUUUCGGCUGCCACCCCAGCCUUCAGGACUCGGAGGGAGACACGCCUCUCCACGACGCCAUCAGCAAGAAGAGGGACGACAUGCUGUCAGUCCUGCUAGAGGCCGGCGCCGACGUCACCAUCACCAACAACAACGGCUUCAACGCCCUCCAUCACGCGGCGCUGCGAGGGAACCCCAGUGCCAUGCGCGUGCUGUUGUCCAAGCUGCCACGACCCUGGAUAGUGGAUGAGAAGAAGGACGAUGGCUACACUGCCCUUCACCUGGCUGCGCUAAACAAUCACGUCGAGGUGGCAGAGCUUCUAGUCCACCAGGGAAGUGCCAGUCUGGACAUACAGAACGUGAACCAGCAGACGGCGUUGCACCUGGCCGUGGAGAGGCAGCACACACAGAUCGUCCGGCUGCUGGUGAGAGCUGAGGCCAAGCUGGACGUGCAGGACAAGGACGGGGACACGCCGCUGCAUGAGGCCCUGCGUCACCACACCCUGUCCCAGCUCCGGCAGCUCCAGGACAUGCAGGAUGUCGGCAAGGUGGAGCCCUGGGAGCCUUCCAAGAACACGCUGAUUAUGGGACUCGGGACCCAAGGAGCGGAGAAGAAGAGCGCCGCCUCCAUCGCUUGCUUCCUGGCGGCUAACGGCGCCGACCUGACCAUCCGCAACAAGAAGGGCCAGUCUCCGCUUGACCUGUGCCCUGACCCGAGCCUGUGCAAAGCCCUGGCCAAGUGCCACAAGGAAAAGACCAGCGGACAGGUGGGCUCCCGUAGCCCGUCUCUGAACAGCAACAACGAGACCCUGGAGGAGUGUAUGGUGUGCUCAGACAUGAAGCGCGACACGCUGUUCGGGCCGUGCGGCCACAUCGCCACCUGCUCGCUGUGUUCUCCUCGCGUCAAGAAGUGUCUUAUAUGCAAAGAGCAGGUCCAGUCUAGGACCAAGAUUGAAGAGUGUGUGGUUUGCUCAGACAAGAAAGCAGCCGUGCUCUUCCAGCCCUGCGGUCACAUGUGCGCCUGUGAAAACUGUGCGAGCCUGAUGAAGAAGUGCGUGCAGUGUCGGGCGGUGGUGGAGCGGCGUACUCCUUUCGUCCUAUGCUGCGGAGGGAAAGGUAUGGAGGAUGCCACUGAUGAUGAGGACCUUACAGGGAGCUCUAACUCCUUGGCAGGGGGGUCGCAGGAUCUUCUCCAGCCCAACAAUCUGGCGAUAAGUUGGUCCAGCGGAAACAUCCCAGCCUUGCAGAGGGACAAAGACAACACAAAUGUCAAUGCAGAUGUGCAGAAGCUCCAGCAGCAGCUUCAGGACAUCAAAGAGCAGACUAUGUGCCCGGUUUGUCUGGAUCGUCUGAAGAACAUGAUCUUCAUGUGCGGCCAUGGCACAUGCCAGCUGUGCGGCGACCGCAUGAGCGAGUGCCCCAUCUGCCGGAAGGCUAUCGAGAGGCGAAUCUUGCUGUACUAGAGCUCCAGGCCUGCGACUCCGUGGUUCUCACCGCAGCACCGUGCUCCCGUGGCUCAUGCUUACAUCAGUGUUACGUCAACAUGUUCUAUCCUUUUUUUUUUUUUUUUUUUUCUUUGUUAUUGUCUUAAAGCAAACUUCUGGACUCUGAAUGUUUUUUGCUACAUCAUGUUUUUAUUCUCUUCUGUUCAUCACAAGCUCACUGCAUGGCGAACAAGGAAACCAUCGCGUCUUCUGCUCCGCUUUAUUCUCAUAAGUUUUUGGCUUCUCCGUAAAAGCUUAGUUGUUUAUUAGGGGGAAAAAAAAAAAAAUAUAUAUAUAUCUAUUUAACAGAGUAUGUUAAUGCUCUGUGUACCAGAUCUAUAAGUUCAGAACACAGAAACACUAAAAGCCUUCACCUUAACGCAACUCUCGCUCACUAAUGCGGAACGCUCAAAGCUGGGUUACGAGGAUGCGCCGAUUCCGAGUGAAAGGUGGUCAAAUCCCCACAAAGUCUCACACAUACAUUGAACAAAACUGUGUCUCACAUGGUCUGUAACGCCUCCCACAGAAAUACUAUCCAGUAAUGUGUGCGUAUGAGGAAGAGGGUGGAUAGCGCUUUCCUCAGAUUGUAGCGCAACACCGUGCUUCACCGUAGAUCUCGAUAACACAGGAUUGAGUGAACACUCAAGCAAGGUGCUAGCCAGACAUUACAUCCAUCAGCAUGAGGUUUAUUGCCACUUAAGAGCAAAAACACCAGGGUUUUGUAAAAAAAAAAAAAAAAAUUGCAAGGAUCAGCACCUCCGACCACAGCCAGUAGGAAAUAAAAAAAAAAAGUUACACAAAGACUAAGACACACAAAAAACACUACACAAUCAAGCUGAUCUUGCUUUUUAUUUAUCAACAAACCUCAAUCUAGAUAGUGUUAGAAUUUUAGUUUCAGCUUUAUUGUAUUCCGGAAAAGUGGGAUCCUGAAUCUGAACCAAAAAAUGCUAACUAGUCAGAAAGUUAGAGACACGCUUGUCUUUGAUUUAAACUCGAUCCAGCUAAUCCAAGUCCCCUGUUUGUUUGUUAAACUGUACACAGCUGUCAGAAGCAUAUAAACUUUACUGCAUAAGCCAUAUACAACGACCGUCAUUCCAACAUCGAUGAUUCUGAAGCUCGUCGCCAGAAAAGUCUACCUGACAUCCAAGACCCUCACGUGUACUCGAGAGCAAAACUUGCAAAAGCUGCCGUUCACAAUAAUAAUAAAAAAAUCUUAGCAUUCUACGUGUUUUACGAAGUGAAUCGAAACAACAAAAAUCGAAUGGAUUUUCAUUCUCGCUGUGGAAUCGGUGCAUCCUGACUCCAAGCGCAAGACGAUCGACCAGCUUCCUGCGCUUUCUACCAGUUUCUGCAAACACGUUGAGGUUCGACACGAGCCGAUAAACACUAAAACACUGUCGCUAAUCUUGUUGUCCAAAAAAAAAAAAAACUGCCCGGAAUCUUUUAGCUGCCAUUUCCAAUAUUGUAGUCUACAAUCACAAUAUUUAAGACAUCCUUUUUUUUCUCUAUCGUUUUAAACUAGAAUCUUAAGUAUAUCUAAAGUAGCGUAACCUCUAAUUCAUACAUCACAGUAUGAGUAUGGAAUGAUCCACUUUACAUACCAGCUCUACUACAGUAUGUACACACAGGUAGUAUUAUUGUUCCACGUCCCAAGACAGACAUGCUAAGGAGAGGAGAUUGAGGAUUAAAGAGCACAGUUGUGUUUGUUUUGUUUUUUUUAUCGUUUGGCAAAACAAAUCAAAGUUGAAAUGACUGGAUGGUAAUGACGAAAUGUAAUAGAAUCAAUGAGGACAAAAAAAGAGAGAAGUGAAUCUCUGUGAAACAAAGAAAACCUCAACAUAGGUUGAUAUGUUGUGGGAAAUAAAAAAAAUAAAAUAAAUUAUUUCCCAAAAAAACUCAUCAUAACUCUCAGAUGUAGAUUGAAAUCAAGCGACAAAUUUAACCUCAAGCCCAGAAGACAAGAGUAAGUGUACAACAUUGUACAAGUAUUUGUGUUUUGGUUAUUUUUGUUUUUUUAAAUCAAGGUUAGCAGGUAUGAAAAGUAUGAUGUUAGGUUGUUGGGUUUUUUUUCCCCCCAGAUGAUAAUGGUGACUUUUUUUCUGACAAGAAAGAAAGAUUUGUAGUCAAAGAGAAAGAAAAUGAAAUAUUUACCAAAAGACGGAGUGCUCGUGUAGUUCAGCAUGUCUAGAAGCUCACGUCAUGUUAUAUCCCUGAUGUAACCUCUAUCCUCUUUACGGACAGUGUUUUUCUUAGUUUUUUUUGUUUUUUAAUAAACCACGCUGAGGUCUUUAAUUAAGUGGAACUUGUUAUAUAAUUUAUUGGAGUCAUUUCCGUAUGACUCUGCAGAUCACCAGUGCAAAAACCUUUUUUCUUUUUGUUCUUGUUUUCAUGAGGGGGAAAAAGUUCAAAUAAAAGAAAAAAAAGUAGCUUCAUACUUUUUGCCUUUUUAAGAUUUUGUAUCAUUUUCAGUAAACGUUAACAUCCGAGGCUUAGAUGCACUAAUGUACUUUAAUAGUAGUGUCGUAUCGUGUCAUGGUUACUUCAAAGGUCUAUUUUGUACCUUAUUUUCAGUACAUAAAAGUUUAUCCAGGUUUAAAAAUAAAUAAAUGAAUAAAA